AUGGAGGAGCCGUACCGACUGGUAUAUUUCGUGGUGACGGAUCAGAUGCGGACAACUAUUGCCGCUCUACGAGCUGUGCUGAAAGAGGGGCUCCAAGCUCCGUUGCGGACGCCGACGGCCUUCAUCAUCGAUGAGCUGCACACGCUGGAGGUUUUUCGGAAGCAGGGGCUCGCGACAAGCUUAACCAAUUUCGUUAAGGGCAUCGCAGAGGCGCACGGGGUGGAAUUAUUUGUCAGCUCUGAAUUGUACAUCCGGAGCUUCUGGGAGCUCCGAGGGUUCGAGGAGGAAACCUCACCGGAGGUGCUUCGAGCGUGCAGCCUCGACCUCGACGACGGGUUCAAAACCGGCGCCGCCACCACCCUGCUGCGAGCGGGCGCGGCGUACACGGAGUACCAGCCGGCUAACGAUGAGCGACUUAGCAUGAGGACGCUGGCGGCGAGGGGGCUCCUAGCGAUCCCGUCGUCCGGGAGCAGGGACGGCGUGGUCGACCUCACCGGCGGGAGCAGGAGCCUGGCGGAGCAGGACGAGGAGCAGAUGCAACUGGCCAUCGCGAUGUCGUUGUCGGCGGCAGCUGCUGAGGCUACGUGCGGUGGCGGUGGCGACGCUGCUGCGGCGGCGGCGAUAGAGAGGAGCGAUGGCGCGAGGCACGACGGGGCCGUGCGCGGCGGGGAAGGAGAGACCUCAGCGGGAGACGACACGGAGACGGAGGAAGACGCCGACUACGGCGGGCAGCUCUUGGGCGGGGACGCGGACGCCGCCGCCGGCGGCAUUGCUUCAUCGGCGGCGGCGGCCCCGACAAGCAGUAGUGCUAGGUCUCAGCAACAACCAACCACGGUCGGGGCGCUAGGGCACCGUGACCCCAACAGAGCGAUGACGGCAUCCAAGGAGAAUGAUCCCCACCACCACCACCACCACCACCAGGAUCAUGGUAGGAAGGCCGUGUAUCAGCCCCCACCUAGGGGGCUCGGGGCACGAGGCCAACAGCAUCAGCACCAGGCUGCCUUCGCGGGCGACGGCGGCGGCAUGAUCGGCGCCUUGGGCGGGGUCGUAUACUCCCCUACGACCGCUGGUGGUACCGGUGGUGCCGACGUUCCGGGGUUGGGGGCGGGACGGUUUGGGAACGUCGGGGUUGGUGGUGGCGGUGGAGGCUUGAUCAGCGACGGCAUCGAGCCCAGCGACGUGAUAAUGAGGGAUUUCGGUGUGGGGGCCGACGGACUGGAUGGAGGCGGCCGGUUGGAUGACAAGUUGAUCGCGGUUGCGGGGUGGGAAGGAGAUGACAACGACGAGGAGCUACGGCGAGUCAUGGAGGCCAGCAGGCAGUCCCACGAGGAAGAAAUGAUCCAGAGGGCCACGCAGGAGAGCCAACAGGCAGCAGCAGCGGCAGCGGCAGCGGCAGCAGCGGAGCACCUGCCACAACCCCCUUCCAACACGGCGGCGGCGGCGCCGUCGUCGUCGUUGCCGCCGCUUUCACGAAAAGGGGUCGCCGCUGCAACCCCGAACGGCGGCGGGCCCGACGUUGCCGUGCUGCCGUCUUUCGGUUCCCUCGGAGCGCGGGAAAGCACCGGUGUUGGUGUUGGUGCCGGCGUUCAUGGGCACGGGAGCGACGCUAGCGGCGCCGCGUUGCCGAGCACGUGUGGUGGGGCGGCGGCGAGCUCCAGCGGCUUUCGAGCGGGGGCGGGCGGGGGCGCCGCCGACAGCGCAGCGGCGGCGGCGGCGGCGGCGGGGGCCCAGGCGCCUGCGUGGUUGGGGGGGUGGGAGGACGGCGAAGCGGUGUCGUUCACGGCGGAAGCUGUACUUGUACGGCUUCGUCUGUUUAGAUGA